AUGAAAACGAUAGCUAUCUUGUUGGCAAUUGCCGCCGUCGCCGCGGCCGAAGUCUUCUUCAAGGAAGAGUUUAAUGACGAUAGCUGGGAGAAGCGAUGGAUCCAAUCGAAACACAAGGACGACUAUGGAAAAUUCAUCCUUUCCGCCGGAAAAUUCUUCGCUGAUGAGAAACGUGAUCAGGGAAUCAAGACCAGCCAGGAUGCCAAAUUCUACUCGCGCGCUGCCAAAUUCCCAAAAGCCUUCAGCAACAAGGGAAAACCAGUUGUGAUCCAGUACACCGUCAAGCACGAGCAAGGAAUUGACUGCGGAGGUGGAUACGUCAAACUUCUCCGGUCGGACGCCGAUCUUGAGGACUUCCACGGUGAAACCCCGUACAACGUCAUGUUCGGUCCAGAUAUCUGCGGAGCCACACGACGCGUCCACGUUAUCUUGAGCUACAAGGGAAAGAACCAUUUGAUCAAGAAGGAGAUCCCAUGCAAGAGCGAUGAACUCACCCACUUGUACACUUUGAUCCUCAAUCCAGACAACACCUUCGAGGUCAGAAUUGACGGCGAGAAGGUUCAAGAUGGAGAAAUCGAGGAGCACUGGGACCUCCUUCCAGCCAAGAAGAUUAAGGAUCCGGAUGCGAAGAAGCCAGACGACUGGGACGAGCGCGAGUUUAUCGAUGAUGCUGAGGAUAAGAAGCCAGAAGAUUGGGACAAGCCGGAGCACAUUCCAGACCCAGAUGCCAAGAAGCCAGAUGAUUGGGAUGAUGAGAUGGACGGAGAAUGGGAGCCACCAAUGAUUGACAACCCAGAAUACAAGGGUGAAUGGAAGCCAAAGCAGAUCAAGAACCCAGAAUACAAAGGAAAGUGGAUCCACCCAGAAAUUGAGAACCCAGAAUACACUCCAGACGAUGAGCUUUACCUUUAUGAAGAUUGGGGAGCGAUCGGAUUCGAUUUGUGGCAGGUCAAGUCUGGAACCAUCUUCGACAACGUUCUUGUCACCGACUCCGUCGACGAGGCUGAGGCUCAUGCUGCCGAGACCUUCGACAAGUUGAAGGAUGUCGAAAAGGAGAAGAAGGAGAAGGCUGACGAGGAAGCCAGAAAGCAAGCUGAGGAAGAGGCCAAGAAGAAGAAGGAGGAGGAAGAGGAGAAGAAGGAUGAGGAGGACGAUGAGGAUAAGGAAGAGGGCCAUGAUGAAUUGUAA